AUGGUUGUUUCGUGCGUCGCCAUAUUAAAUUCCAUUUUGUGGAUUUUAGUUUGGCUGAUUACUUGGCCACUGUCUCUUGUAUUGGCGGUAAUUGAAGUCCUUUUGAUUCCAUUAUGCGUUUGCUCUACAAAGGUGAAAGAUGUCGUCGAAGAACUCGACCGAAUAUCAAAGUGGUUUGCCUUCGUGCCCAUGGAGAACGCAUGCAAAAUGAAGCCUAUCCGUCCCCAUCAAGACAUUCCCGUCCCAACCGAUGAGUCGGGAUCACCCGACCUUGUUUAG